AUGCCUUUUGCAGUUUCUUACUAUGUUGAAUGGACUAAGUUGUUCGCUGUGGUUUCAGAUCAGCGGAUAGAGAACCCGGCUUUGUUAAUCCAAUCAUACUGUUUUCAGCUCACCUUUGUAUAUUUAGAAGAAUUUCUGGUGGAUCUGUUAAAAAGAUUUUUAGAUUUAGAUAUUUUUAAUAAAAAAUAUACUACUACUCAACUUAAUAUAAUCAGGAUUAAUUUUAACAGAUAUACUCUUCUUUAA